UGUAAUUCAAAGCGUUUGUUAAACUUAGAUCAAGAUAAACAAAGUUGGGAGUAAGUGAUUUAUCUAAUGCAGUAAUGCUUAGGGUCUCUAUACCAAGUUUUCAAAAGGUGGAAGAAAAUGGAGAAAGUUUUACGGCUUACAGAGUUGAUGUGUUCCAAAGUGGCCAGUCACAUUACCUGUACAAGCGCUACUCAGAAUUUGAGGAUCUUCAUAAGCUGCUCAAAAAGGUCAUAACAACGCCCGAGUUUCCACCGAAGAAGGUCUUGAAGUUCAGUAAUAAAGUAAUCGAACAAAGACGAGUUACUUUGGAGUUGUAUCUGCAGGGAAUACUGAAUGGUGAAACAAUACCAAGAUCUUUCUUCAAGUUUCUUCAAGUUCAGUUGCCAAGAUCUGGGAGUUUUGACUCCGUGGACAUGGGCCUGACAGAGCCAACAGUCACACACGCCCCUGUCAUAGGCUUCUCCAAAGAUGCUUUUCUUCAUGAAAACUACCGCAGCAUACUGCCAGACAUUGUCACUGCAGGUGUUCAAGAUGGUCUAUAUUCCUAUACAGAGUACAGUAACAAUGGCAUAUCCUGAAGUGUUCCAGAUAUUUAACAAUUCAGCUACAAUUGAAUGUGUGUGUUUUUGGCAAAUCUGCAGAUCAACAUAUUUACAUCAAAUUAUAGCCUGGAUAAUUUAGAAAGACACUCCUGAAUUAUAUUCCUAUGAAAUAGGCCAUACAUGAUUUCUUUUAAUUACAUGUAUUUGCAAGACUCCUACCCUGUACUUCUUUUGUAAGAUUCCUAAUUUUCUGCCAACUUUGAUAAAUACUCCAGCUGAUGCAUCUUUACGGGAAAUAUAUUCAUAGACCUAUCAUUUCAGAAACUUGUUUUGACUCAAUCAUUUCCUCAUGAAACUUACCAUAGGUGUAAAUGUGACUAAACACACAAAAACUAUAUGAUGUCUUAGGAAAUCUUGUUUUUGACUCAGAAACACAUAUCAUUUUAUAUUAAUUUUUAAUAACAUGAAACAUUUUUCAACUAAAUUUUCUGACUUUCUCUUACCAUAAGGUAGAAUGUCUCCUACUUUAAAGUAAAACUGUGCUGGUAGAUAUACUCUUGUUGUUAAGUGUAUUCAAUAAGUAUUGUAGCGACAGUAUUUAAGUAUUAUGAAUUUUGUAUCAAAGCAGCAUUAAGGUUGAGACAAUUAAGGCUUCAUGAUGGUUAUUUAAGAUAUGUUUACUACUAGCAUUCUGUUACUAGUUUAUGAUGUUUUGUCAAGAUCUGCAGCAUGUUUAUCUCACCUGAGCACAUUUAUAUACUAUGAUAUCCAUCAUCAUUCUGUCCAUGUGUUACUGGAAAUUGUGCGUCCAUCAACUUUGUAUGCCCCCGGAUCGAUAGAUCGGGGUUAUAUUGUUUUUGUCCUGUCUGUCUGUCUGUCUGUCCAAAACGUUAACCUUGGUUAAAGUUUGAUAACUUUUGCAAUAUUGAACAUACCAACUUGAUAUUUACCAUGCAUGUGCAUCUCACCGAGCUGCUCAUUUUGAGUGGUGAAUAGUCAAGGUCAAGGUCAUCCUUCAAGGUCAAAUAUCAUUGUAUUUUUCUUUCCUAAAACUUUAACCUUCGUUAAAGUUUUAUCACAACUUUUUUAAUAUUGAACACAGCAACUUCAUAUUGAGCAUGCAUGUGUAUCUUGUGGAGCUGCACAUUUUGAGUGGUGAAAGGUCAAGGUCAUUCUUCAAGGCCAAAGGUCAACAAAAAAAAACAUUUCUCCAAUCAAUCUCUUACUUACUUCUCGUGGAGCUGCACAUUUUGAGUGGUGAAAGGUCAAGGUCAACCUUCAAGGUCAAAAUAUAAACAACAUAAAUUUUUAUAACUUUUUAGCUCACAUGUCACGAAGUGACAUGGUGAGCUUAUGUGACCAUGUGAUGUCCGGCGUCCGUAUGUGUGUGUGUGCGUGCGUCCGUUCGUCAACAAUUUGUUUGUGUAUACAGUAGAGGUCACAGUUUUCAUCCAAUCUUUAUGAAAUUUGGUCAGAAUGUUCAUCUUGAUGAAAUCUGGGUUGGGAUUGUAUUUGGGUCAUCUGGGGUCAAAAACUAGGUCACUAGGUCAAAAACUAGGUCACAUAAUAGGUCAAAUAUUAGAAACACCUUGUGUAGACAAUAGAGGUCGCAGUUUUCAUCCAAUCUUUAUGAAAUUUGGUCAGAAUGUUUAUCUUGAUGAAAUCUGGGUUGGGAUUGUAUUUGGGUCAUCUGGGGUCAAAAACUAGGUCACUAGGUCAAAAACUAGGUCAAAUAAUAGAAAAACGUUGUGUAGACAGUAGAGGCCACAGUUUUCAUCCAAUCUUUAUGAAAUUUGGUCAGAAUGUUUAUCUUGAUAAAAUCUGGGUUGGGAUUGUAUUUUGGUCAUCUGGGGUCAAAAACUAGGUCACGAGGUCAAAAACAAGAUCAAAUAAUAGAAAAACCUUGUGUAGACAAUAGAGGUCGCAGUUUUCAUCCAAUCUUUAUGAAAUUUGGUCAGAAUGUUGAUCUUGAUGAAAUCUGGGUUGGGAUUGUAUUUGGGUCAUCUGAGGUCAAAAACUAGGUCACUAGGUCAAAUAAUAGAAAAACCGUCAACAAUUUGUUUGUGUAGACAGUAGAGGUCACAGUUUUCAUCCAAUCUUUAUGAAAUUCGGUCAGAAUGUUUAUCUUGAUGAAAUCUGGGUUGGGAUAGUAUUUGGGUCAUCUGGGAUCAAAAACUAGGUCACUAGGUCAAAUAAUAGAAAAACUUUGUGUAGACAAUAGAGGUCACAGUUUUCAUUUAAUCUUUAUAAAAUUUGAUUAGAAUGUUUAUCUUGAUGAAAUCUGGGUUGGGAUUGUAUUUGGGUCACCUGGGGUCAAAAACUAGGUCACUAAGUCAAAUAAUAGAAAAACCUUGUGUAGACUAUAGAGGUCACAGUUUUCAUCUAAUCUUUAUGAAAUUUGGUCAGAAUGUUAAUCUUGAUGAAAUCUGGGUUGGGAUUGUAUUUGGUUAGUCAGGUGAGCGAUUCAGGGCCAUCAUGGCCCUCUUGUUUAAUAUUGAACACAUCAACUUCAUAUUUGGCAUGCAUGUGUAUCUCGUGGAGCUGCACAUUUUGAGUGGUGAAAGGUCAAGGUAAUCCUUUAAGGUCAAAGGUAUAAAAAAAAGCAGCGCAUUAGGGGGCAUUGUGUUUCUGACAAACACAUCUCUUGUUCUUCAUACAACAUCUCCUCUGAACUGCUGAGCAGAAUUUUUAAAAAACUUCACAGGACUUUUCCUUGGGAAGUCCUCUUUAAAAAUCAUUCAAAAGUUCUUGUCAGUUGAUGAAUUAUGUCACAUGGCCUUAAAACAAGGUUAAAUAUGAAAACUUAAGAUUAGGUACGUAGCAUUGUACUGUGGUCUUCUACAAAGUUUGUACAAAUUAUGCCCCUUGGGUCAAAACUGGUCCUGCCCAAGGGUCACCAGAUAAAAACAUAUUUAUAUUGUUAGUAACUUCAAAACUAUUGCAUUAACCCGCAAAACAGGCCAUGAUGUGGUGGAUAUGGUGUCCGCCUAACAACUGGGAGUUGACGGGUUUGAUCCCCACUGUGGGAGCGUUCUUUAGAUCUCCCCCAUAGACACCAAGUACUGGUUCUAGUCCCAGAAAACAGACUCGAGAGCAUUUAGCCAAAUGUUUUCAGUUUUAGUCUGUAACAUCAUCUGAAACCUUAACAGAUGGGAUAAUCUUAAAAAAUCUAUUUGUCUAAACCUCAUUGUCCAUAGCUUUCAUAUUCAAUAUGUAGCAUUAUUUGGAGGUCUUCUACAAUGUUUUCCAAAUACCCCUGGGGUCAACAGUGGCCCUGCUCCAAGGAUUGCCAGUUUUACAUAGACUUAAAUAGGAACAAAUAUAUAUAAAAAAUAUUUUGUGGCUUUCAAAUUGGGAAUGAAGCAUUAUCUUAAGGUCCUCUACAAAGUUUACUAAAAUCUUGUCUUGAACCGUGGCGUGAAAAUUUCCCACAUCCCAUUUGUAAUAUGUACAUAUAGCAAAGUCAAGUUUGAAAUCUCUGAUGUAACAAAUACAAGAGCUUGACCAUGCCUUGGGGGUCAAAACUGGCUAAAGCCAUGGAGUAACAUGCUUAAAUAGAAUAUAAUGGAAUAUAAUGGAAAGUAACUCAAAAUCUCUUAAAUGAUAUGGUCAAGUGGUCUUAAUAUUGGUAGGUAACGUCAUAUAGUGGUCUGCUUCUUAGUUUGUUCAAUUUGUGCCCAUGUAAUAAAAAGUAGCCCCGAACAAGGCUUCUUGUUUUUUAUACUUAUAAGCUACAGUUUCCCAGGUGAGCUUUUAAGGCUCUUAAUGGUCUAUUUGAAUGUGUAUACUGUUUGUGAUACCAAUAUCAAAUUGUGAUAUGUAAUUUUUUUCGAAUAUAUUAGUUCCUUCCCGUUAGUUCCUGCCAUUUGAUUCUAUAAUACCUUAAUUACUGCUUAUAUUUUUAAUGUGUUUAAAUGAAGUUUAACUUAGAUUUGGUUGUGUGUGGGGAUACUAAUGUCUCAUUAUUUGUAUCUUAGAGAAACUGAAUGUAUUGGAAAAUUAUUCCUACUAAAAGUAGCUUUGCAUGUCUUACAUUUUCAAUUAUAGUUGUAGGUGUUCAUUUUAAACAUGGAACUAAGUUCUGGCAUGUUGAUCAAAUGUUUCUUUUAAUACUUACAGCUUUAUGCAAUGACUCAAGUAUUUUUAACCAGGUUUUCCGAAGGAAAAAACUGGUUAUUAGAUUGGCGAAUGCGGGCGGGCUGGCUGGCUGGCUGGCGGGCUGGCUGGCUGGCGGGCUGGCGGAAUAAGCUUGUCCGGGCCAUAACUAUGUCGUUCAUUGUCAGAUUUUAAAAUCAUUUGGCACAUUUGUUCACCAUCAUUGGGCGGUGUGUCGCGCGAAAUAAUUACGUCGAUAUCUCCAAGGUCAAGGUCACACUUUGAGUUCAAAGGUCAAAAAUGGCCAUAAAUGAGCUUGUCCGAGCCAUAACUAUUUUGUUCAUCGUCAGAUUUUAAAAUCAUUUGGCACAUUUGUUCACCAUCAUUGGACGGUGUGUCGCGCGAAAUAAUUACGUCGAUAUCUCCAAGGUCAAGGUCACACUUUGAGUUCAAAGGUCAAAAAUGGCCAUAAAUGAGCUUGUCCUGGCCAUAACUAUGUCAUUCAUUGUGAGAUUUUAAAAUCAUUUGGCACAUUUGUUCACCAUCAUUGGACGGUGUGUCCCACGAAAGAAUCACGUCAAUAUCUCCAAUUUCAAGGUCGCCAUGACUAAAAAUAGAUUUAAAAAAAAAAAAAAAUACAAAGGGGGUUAAUUUUUUUUGGUCAUUUCAAAAGUUCAGUUUGAGUUUUCUCCCUUUAUCAGAUUUUUUUUUCACAAUGAAAACCUGGUUUUGUGACAAUUUUGUCCCUUGUUUAAGAUUGUUUUUUUAUUUGUACUGUCUUCAAGUUUAUUGAUUUUUUGCAAAAUCAUAUUAAACGUUAUUAAGUUAUAAGUGUGAUUUUAUCUAGAAACAUUAUCAUCUUCAUAUACUUGGACAACUUUAUUGUAAUUUAUUAGCAACCUCAUUACAAAAUAUGUUAUUGUUAAGGAUAUGUUUGGUAUUAUUUAUACAUGUACACAAAGUCUAGUCAAAUGAAAUGUAUGUAUUCAAAUUGUUAGUAUGUUUGUGUUACCAAAUAUGAAAUAAACAUGUAUUUGAUUUA